UAGCAAUUUGACAUUUGAUGAAAAAGUUUGUUGUCAUCGUGCGUUGAAAGUCACCGUUCGGUUUAUAGAAAAGUUAAAGAAAAUCGGUGGAAAAUGCCUAGCCAAGAAGUGACCACGAGCAAGGUGGUUGUCCACCCUCUGGUGUUGCUUAGCGUCGUUGAUCAUUUUAAUCGUAUGGGUAAGAUCGGCAAUGAAAAACGAGUGGUUGGCGUUCUCCUAGGUUGCUGGAGGGCUAAAGGUGUCUUGGAUGUUUCAAACAGUUUUGCCAUUCCGUUCGAUGAAGAUGACAAGGACAAAUCUGUGUGGUUCUUGGAUCAUGAUUAUUUGGAAAACAUGUAUGGAAUGUUCAAGAAAGUGAAUGCAAGGGAAAAGGUUGUGGGCUGGUACCAUACAGGCCCCAAGCUCCAUCAGAAUGAUAUUGCUAUCAAUGAACUGAUCCGUCGUUAUUGCCCUAACUCAGUUUUGGUCAUAAUUGAUGCAAAACCUAAAGAUUUGGGUCUUCCAACUGAAGCUUAUCAGGCUGUUGAAGAAGUCCAUGAUGAUGGGUCACCAACAUCGAAGACUUUUGAACAUGUACCUAGUGAAAUCGGCGCCGAAGAAGCUGAGGAGGUCGGUGUUGAGCACCUACUCAGAGAUAUCAAGGAUACCACUGUGGGCACGUUAUCUCAAAGGAUCACAAAUCAACUGCUUGGACUGAAGGGUUUGCACCUACAGUUGAGAGAAAUCCGCGAUUACCUCAUCCAAGUCGGAGAGAGCAAGAUGCCGAUCAAUCACCAAAUCGUGUAUCAACUGCAGGACAUUUUCAAUCUGCUUCCCGAUAUAAACCACGACCUCUUCAAUAAAUCGUUCUACGUAAAGAACAACGAUCAGAUGUUGGUUGUAUAUUUGGCCGCCAUGGUCAGAUCAAUUGUAGCGCUCCACAAUCUGAUCAACAAUAAGUUGACGAAUAAGGAUGCUGAGGAGGUGAAGAAAGAUGACAAGAAGGAGAGCAAAGACAAGGAUAAGGACAAGGAGGCGGCCAAAAAGGAUGAGAAGAAAAAGUAGUUCAAUAAUGUUAUUAAACUUAAUUUAAUUGAUUCAUGCUAAACUCAACAAUAUAAUAAUAAUAAUUA